UGCGUUUAUUGAGCCAUAACUUAAAUGGUGACGUAACAAUAUAAUUACAAAGCAGUAAAUCUAGAACUAAUUGAACAAUGAAACCUGAUUCGAGAAUUAAAUUCGAACCGAGUUCUGGAAGCGAAAUGUCACAAUCAAGCAAUGGUGACGUCAUAAUGGAUGAAACAUGUGGAUUUCAACUUGGACCAAAAAGGUAUCCAAUAUCACGACUGCAGUGUUUCGCAACCGCCAAAGCAGCUUUAGCGUUCGUGGUAAUGGGCACGAUAGUUCAAGGAUUCCUAAUAAAUGGACACGUAAACGUCAUCAUCACCACGAUUGAGAAACGGUUCGACCUCACAAGCACGGAAUCCGGUCUUAUCGCCAGCUGUUACGACAUAGGGGCUUGUGUUGCGGUAUUGUUCGUUACAUACAUGGGUGCACACGGUAACAAACCCCAGUGGGUGGGGUGGGGGAUAGCUUUGAUCGGGGUAAGCGGGAUUUUAUUCUCGCUACCCCACUUCUUAGCCCCAACAUAUACCUUCACCCUUAAUAACAACACAUGCUUCGACCCCGAGACGGCAGACUGCACCGUUAGCAGCAUCAAAGCUUACAGGAUUAUGUUCUACAUUGCUUUUAUAAUCGCUGGUUUCGGCGGAGCUCCUUUAUAUUCACUUGGCAUCACUUACUUUGAUGAAAACGUUGCGCGAAGGUUCUCGUCGUGGUACAACGGUAUCCUGGUGGCUGGAUCGGUAAUUGGACCUGGGAUCGGGUUCUUGGCUGGCGCCUCCCUGCUUGGGAUUUAUACUUACCCGGAUAUGACAGUCAGCAUCACAGACAGCAGUGAGGCAUGGAUAGGAGCUUGGUGGAUGGGGCCUUUAAUUGUUGGAUGCCUUGGGUUGGUGGUAGCCGUCCCAAUACUUAUGCUGCCGAAGACAUUGCCUGGAACCGAAAAGCACAGAGUGAACAGAGGGCACGAAAUGCACAACGAGCGCAUGGCACUUGAGUAUGCUCAAGAUAAAGACUUUGGGAAAAAAUUCCGAGACUUUCCAAAGUGUUUGUAUGUUUUAGUACGUAACCCCGUGUAUUUACUCGUAUCGAUUGGUGGGGCUGUUGACUCCAUACUUAUAUCUGGUUUGGCAACUUUUGGUCCAAAAUACGUGGAAACUAUAUUCGGGUUGAGCGCCAGUAACGCUGGAAUUGCAUUCGGAGCUCUUGCUUUGGUCGGAGCAGCAGGUGGCCAACUUCUAGGUGGUGGGUUGAUCACUAAGUUUGACAUUGGUAUGCGUGGGAUGAUGAGAAUGACUUAUAUAUCACCGUUUAUAUGCUGGUUCUUGUCGGCAGGAUUCCUUAUUUCAUGCACUGAUAUACCCUUUGCUGGAAUAACAAGUCCCUACCAUGAUGGUUCAACGACGGGAAGCUUCAUAUCCUCAUGCAACGCACAGUGUGGGUGUGAUGUCAAUGUAUAUAACCCCGUGUGUGGGGGGGACGGGGUGACUUAUUACUCAGCGUGCUUCGCUGGGUGUGAAAAUAUUGCUCCCGGCGAUAGUUUCACGAACUGCUCCUGUGUGUCCUCCACCUCCGCCUCUGGGAUCGCCAACAUCACUGGAGCAACAUCAGGAGUGUGUCCGGGCACAGGAUGCGGCACAGGAGGUCUCUUCAUCUUGUUUUGCAUCAUCUUGUUCCUCCUGAUGAUGUGCACCUUCCUAAACGAAGCAUCAGCAUUGCAAAUAUCGUUACGAUGCGUCGGGUUUAACCAGAGGUCAUUCGCCAUUGGUGUGCAGUGGCUUAUCAUACGUUUAAUCGGGACAAUCCCCGGGCCUUUGAUCAUUGGUGGUGUGUUCGACAGCGCAUGCACACAAUGGUCGCUGUCUUGCAAUGUUCGAGGGGCCUGCUCAACCUACAGCAGUAAGAAUCUGUCAAUCGGGAUUUUUCUCGUUCUUUUAGUUGCAAAGGUUAUCAACUCCAUUUUAUAUUUCACCGCUGCCAUGCUAUACAAGCCGCCCACCAGUGUGGAUGACCCAACCCAACCGAGAGAAACUUCUGGGGUUGGAUCUACGCCGCGUACAAGUUUUGCAUCCACGACAAUAACCCUUGAUAAUGACAGUAAUACACUUGGACCACCUGUGAGGAAUGGCUCCAAGAGUAGAGAAGCAUUUUAUGAAAAUGCAGCUUUCUCACAGUAAGACGUAACCUGGGGAAAGGCCACCAGUUGAGAAAGUAACCUGGCAACAUGACACAGUCUUUAACAGAGCACCAAAUCCGGGUACAUAGGCCUACCCUAAAAUUUUUGGCACAGCUGCACUUAAUAAGCAAACAUUAAAGCCAGUAAGUUUGAUUUGUCUUAUAGGAAUCUGUCAACCUAUUCCUGUCUCCCCUGUGUUUUACAGUUUGGUGCCUAGGCCACCAUUCUAUUACUUUUUCUAUUAUUUAAAAAAUAGUAGAAAGUUAAAAAAACACAUACCUCAAUUUAAGUUUAUGUAUUAAUUAAACCAAAGGGUAAUGAGCCAACUCUGACUUAAAUCCCAGGUCCCAUGGCGUGACAUGGUGUAAAACCUCACCCAUAUACAAUAACAGAAUUGUGUUCUUAUGAUUUUAUUACUUUAUUUUGUUUAUAUUUAUUUUGCUCUAUUUCACUAAAGUUACCGCAAUCGUUCCAUUUUAACUAAUUUUGAAACUUGGUAUUUGCGUCCAAUAUUCCAAGCUGUUUUAAACACUGUGAAAGUUUUGAACUAAAAUAAAUUUCUACACGACACCUA